AUGUCGCACCAGAGAGAGAGGUGCACGCGGAGUUUUAGGAUGGGUUUUCGUCUUAUUUUGUUGGCGGUUCUUGCCGUGUGCGUGUCCUCGAAGAUCACCACAUGGAAGGACAAGAAGAGUGGAUGUUCCUACAAUGAUUAUGGCUGGAAGAAGUUCAUCGAUUGUCAUGGAUUGUAUCUCGAAAAGAUGCCAACCAUUGACUUGCCCGCAAAGUACAAAGAUGAUGUCCUUGAUGAGAUUGACGUGUCGUACAAUAACAUAGAAUUCCUUGGAGCCAAUGUUUUCAGUGGCCUCCCUAAGGCCAAGUUCAUCAAUCUCGAACACAACUUCAUCAACAAGAUCGAUGAUAAGGCCUUCGAAGGUUUCGCAGACGUCACAGAAAGGCUUGCCAUGGACCACAACAGAUUCGACAGCUUCCCUUUCGGUAUCUUUCACCUAAAAUCCUUAAAGGACCUCGGUCUGAGCUUCAACAACAUCUCCUACAAUGCAACAGACGACCUCCGCCUCACCUCCGAACCUGUCCGCAAGUUGGAGAAACUCACACUCAAGGGAAACCCCCUGAAGCAAUUCUGGAACAACUGGAAGUUCGGCAAUGAUCUAAUCAAGUUGGACCUCUCAGCUACCUUCAUGAACGGAUUCCCUAUGACCGUCCAGUACUUUUCCAAGCUUGAAUACUUAGAUUUCUCCUAUCAGGAUUUCCCUUGGUCAGGUAUGGUAACCAGGGCGUUGAAUAAGCUGAAGACUUUGAAGACUCUGCACUUGAGGGGAGUCGGUCUUGAAGAGAUCCCGCCACUUGUGUUGGAAGGUUUAGACCACCUGAGCGUGGAGUUCAACAAGAUAGCGACGAUUGAGAAAGACACAUUCCAAGGCUUGUCAAAGUUGAAAGAACUGGCUUUAGAUUGCAACCCUUUGAAAAACGUUGACCGUAAGGCUUUCACUCCGUUCAGGAAAUCACUUGAGUAUUUGUCCAUGGUGGACUGCAAUUAUCCCAACGCACCCGCCCUGUUGGCACCACUGCAGAAACUCCGGGAGCUUCACUUGGCCAACAACAGCAUCUCCGAGCUGAAGCAAUACAACCUGGGCAACUUGGCCCACCUCCACCAUCUGAACAUGGACCAAAACGAGUUCACUGCUAUACCACAAGGAAUCCACCUCCUGACUGACCUGACAAUUUUGAGCUUGGUUGAAAACAAGAUCACGAAGAUUAGACGCGGUGCUUUCGAUGACAUGGCUUACUUGAAGGAGGUCCACUUGGCUGAAAACGACCUCCAGGGUUUGAAGGGUCAUGUAUUCUUCAACCUCGACCGCGAGAUUUCCGUCAAUGUCAUCCACAAUAAGAUUGAGAAAAUUGACAUCUGCUUGCUGUAUUCAAACGUUGAGUACGUCGUCCUGUUUGAGAACCCUAUUCAGUGCGACUGCGGUGCCUACUGGGUGAUGAAGGAGGGACUGAUCUAUGAGCCAUACCUAACCUGCAAAGGAGGCAAGGGCAUGAAGGGGCUCACUUUCACCGAAAUGGUCACCUAUGUCGAGGAGAAUGAUAUGUGUCCUGUGGAAGACAAAGAGGACCAGCUUUCGUACUGCGUUUAGAUUGCCAGGAAUAAUUACAUUAAGGGUUGACCACAGGAACCACCAUUUUGGCUAGACCUCCAAAUACUAAAGCAAUUAGAACUCGUUCCAGAUGAAUAUAUUGCUCAUUUAAAACCCGGGUGGCUGUUCUCUGGAAAACAAACUACGUUUGAAAAGAGUUCUAAUGCUUUAGGAUUUCAAGGUCUAGCCAAAAUGGUGGUACCUAUGGUCACAAGCCCUUAAUCGUUUGCAGUUUGUCAAGAAAUUAUAAAAACAAGUCUUCACUAGAUUAUCUUUACUAAUUCUUGAUGUGAGCAUAAAAGGAAGUCACAUGGCGCUAUCCAUGACGAAUUCCUUGCAAACUUUAUUGUAUUAGCCACGAAUUAAUUCUUUACAUGUACA